GCAUCUCUUUAUACGUUUCUUUCCUUCUCAGCGCUCUUCUCGCAAAAACGCUUAUACCAGUCGACAUUCAAGAACAAAAACAACCAUGAGGAUUUCUGCUUACUCAGUGACCGCAAGUGUAGCGGUCUUAUCUGCCACCGUAUUCGCGUAUCCCGCGCUCUACAAGCGCGUUGCAGACGGGGCCAAUGUGUUCUCUUGCUUCGCGACAGCGUUGGUGACAGGCACUUGGUCUACCGACUGUGCAGCAGCUAGCGCGGUCGAUGUAGGGAUCAUUCAGCGGGUCAAUGUGAAAGACCUGCUUAUUGAUUUCACCGCCGAUGAUCCUCGCACGUUGGGUCUGUCCUCGACAGGUCUCUCUGCGAAGUUGAUCUCGGUCCCUGGGAUCAAAUGGCCGGUAAAGGACACGGCUCAGCAUGUUACUAUUGUUGACAACGGCAAUGCGAUUGCCACUUUCGAUACCCCAACGUCCGCGGCAUCCGUCACCGAUGGCACCCUCUCCAGCGUCGUCGGCAACUCCGCUCUCAAGAUCCCUCCCGGCCAAGAGGACAACUUCUCGGCCUUCAUCUCCGCUCUCGUCAGCCAGCCUUCAUACGCUUUUGUCCUCCAAGGCUCCGUUGACGCCACACUCUCCGUCUCAACCCCGGCUAGUCCCUCCCUCAGCGGUAUGGCCCCCUCUCCCCUUGAAAAGACCUUCGCUGUCUCGAACGUAGGAUUCAAGUCCCCCAUCACCCUUGCCGCCUGCAACAAUUUCCCUCAAGUCCAGUAUCUGAGCCAGGCCAGUUUCACCCACGACGCUGCCACGGGCGAGUUCACACUCACAUCCUUGAUCAACAUUCAUAAUCCUUCACAGCUCGUUCUAAAGUUAGGCGAUAUCCGCUUCAACACGAUCGACAAAGCAGGCCAGGUCGUGGGCGUGACCAUGCUCAAAGACCUAGAGCUGUUGAUGGGCGACAACAAAGUCGUCGCGAUUACGACUUCGAUGAACGCGGAGGCAUAUAAUACGAUUACGACUACAGGGGAUACAUAUACGCUCGUUGGAUUCGAGAGCUCGUCCGCGAACCCAAUCUUGGCAAAGGGACUCUUGUCCUUCAAGACCCAAGUUGUGGUGCCAAAACUGGAUCCUACCCGAUUUGACACAAAGCCAAAGAGAAUGAAGAUCUCAGCAUUCACCUUGGCAGCAAGUGCUGUGGCCCUGUCUUCCACUGCUUUGGGUUUGCCGCCCCUAAUCAAGCGCGCAAGCAAUAAAGCAGCUGUUGUUACGUGCUUCGUGCAACUCUUCACUUCUCAAAGCCUGUCUCCUGCGUGCUCCGAGACUGUCCGGGAUGAUGUUGGACUGGUCCAGUCUGUGGACAUCAACAACUUGGCCCUGUCAUUCGCACCCGACGAGUCUAUCACUUUGUCGUCCACAGACCUUAAAGUCAGCUUACUCGCCUUCCCCAGGUUCAGCGUUCCCAUUACAAAGGCCAAGCAACAUGUGACCAUCGUCGACAACGGUAUCGACAUCGCCCGCUUUGACAGCUCCGAAGCUCCUACCACACUCAAAGGAACCUCCCUCUCCACAACCCUCCUGCCCUGUCUCGUCACCGUGUACCCACAGGCGACCGACAACUUCAUCGACUUUGUCACCUCCAUCUUCUUCAACCUCACACACACCUUCCAGCUCAAAGGGACCGUUGACGCAACUGUGGCCAUCUCCCCUCCUACCCCAAGCUCCUCACCAUUCGGUGGUAUCGUACCCCAGCUGCCCUCUAAGGAAAUUUCCUUCACCAACGUCGGUUUCUCGUCCAAUGUCACACUCAGAGGGGUCAGCGGUAUCUCCCGUGUCGAGUUUGUCAAGUCCAUCAGUCUCGUCCAGGACCCCGCCACCGGCGGGUUCACGCUUACCUCCAUCAUGGGUUUCAAGAACCCGUCGGCCUUGACAUUCGGUCUGGGUGAUAUCCAUUUCCAGACAGUGGAUACGGCCACGGGUGUGAUGGUCGGGAUGACAGUUUUGAAGGACUUUAAGCUGGUUCCUGGUCAGAAUGAGUUUACGGCGGUAAUGACCUCGGUGAGUAAGGAUGUGUAUAUGGCCUUGACGACGGUAGGGGCCGCAUUGGCGUUGAAUGGAUCCGCGACGGAGUCAUCAAGGAAUCCAAUUAUUGCGCGCGUGAUCGCGAAAUUGGACAUUGCGGUCAAGAUCCCGAAGCUGAGUGCGAGCGCUUAAGGCGGAAGGAUGACGAUGUGUUAUCAAAACGGAUUGACGAGGGGGAAGACGCGCGAAGAAGAAGAUCUGCACACUAGAUAUGCAUUUUCUGAGAUUAAUGAGAAGCCCUUCCCCCCUUCCCCCCCUCUCUCUCUCCUUCCCUUCCUUCUAUUUUAUCGACUUUAAUUUUUUCUUUUCCGAUCGGCAUUCCAAUUCCAUAGUUCAUCCAUGUAAAAAUGGACCAUCGACUGAGAAUGUCGUUAAGCAGUAAAGCAUUUUCUGAGGCUGCAUUUUUUUUGUGCGACCAUGAGAA